AUGCUGCCACCAUGCGAGGAGCCUCGGCGCCCCGCGUCGUGUCCCUCAGGGCCUCCGCCUCCGGCGCCGCCGCCGCCGCCGCCACCGCAGUCGCCGUCGCCACCCCCGACACCUGGACCAGACGGCGACGCCCCCGAAGACACUUCGCCGCCUCUCACAUGCUACGCACCCAAAAAAGGAACAGGUAAUGACCUUCAGAAAUCAUCGGAGGAAUUCAAACUUCAAGAACUGGUGCAACAACGUGACUGCUUAUUAAAUACUGGGACAUAUGCUCUGGACCACCACCUCAUUAGCUUGUUAAACAAACAGAUUCGCCAGCUGCUGGCAGAGUCCACACACACAUUUGAAUAAAAUGGAAACCAUUCUUGAUAAUAAAUUGAUUAUAUAUUUCAUA